AUGCGUGCCUCCGAAUUCCUCGCCGGCGCCGCCGCCCUUCUCGCUUCCGGCGUAUCCGCCGAAGCCUACCUCGGCUUCAACUCCGGCAACACCCUCGCCGACCGUUCCGCCAAGUUCAAGAAGGACUGGGUACAGGAAUUCACCACUGCUCAGAACCUCAAGAACGCCCCCGGCACCUUCAACGCCGUGCGUCUGUACACCAACAUCCAAGCCUACUCGCAGACCUCUGAGCCGAUCGAGGCGUUCGAGGCGGCCAUCGAGACCGACACCAAGAUCCUUUUGGGCGUCUGGGCUUCCGGCACCAACACCAUCGAGCCUGAGAUCAAGGCUCUGCAGAACGCCAUCAAGAAGCACGGCAAGAAGCUGACGGACCUGAUUAUCGGCGCCUCCAUCGGUUCCGAGGAUCUGUACCGCGUUUCCGUGACGGGCAUCAAGAACAAGUCCGGUGUUGGCGCCGGUCCCAACGAGCUCGUCAAGUUCAUCGGCGACUGGAAGAAGGCGUUCCAGGGCACUGCCCUGGCCAAUGUCCCCAUCGGCCACGUCGACACGUGGGACGUCUGGGUGAACGGCACCAACAAGCCCGUCAUCGACGCGGUCGACUGGGUCGGUGUUGACGAGUACCCGUACUACGAGGACGGCAAGGGCAACAACAUUGAGAACAGCGGCUAUCUCUUCGACCGCGCCUUUGACGCCGUCGAGGGCGCCGUCGGCGGCAAGCCCGUCUGGGUCACCGAGACCGGCUGGCCCUACAUCGGCCAGACCUGGGACAAGGCCGAAGCCACGGCCAAGAACUCGCAGUUCUUCUGGCAGGAGGUCGGUUGCCGCAAGCUGUUUGGCAAGGUCCCUACUUUCUGGUAUACCCUCCGUGACUCGAACCCGGACAACGAGAUGAAGUUCGCUAUCACCGAGAACCUCUCGACCACUCCCCGCUUCGACCUCACCUGCCCUGCUACCUUCAAGACUACCCCCAAGGCUUCUGGAUCUGCUACCUCUACUGCUUCCGGCACUGGUGUCUCUGCUCCUUCUAGCACUGAGUCUGGAUCUGCUGGCUCUGGCUCUGGCUCCGAUGCUGAGGAGUCUGGCUCUGCUGGCUCUGGCUCUAGCACUGGCUCCGAGUCCGGCACCGCUACUGUUCCCGCUGAGAGCGGUGUCGCUACCGGCGGUGCUACCUCCGUCAAGGGUGUUUCCGCCGCUGCUGUGGCUGGCAUGACCCUUCUCAUUGGUGUCUUUGCCAUGCUUUAA